AUGUCGUUUUUUAAAGCGUUUAAGUCUCUGUACACGCCAUUGAGCCAGGACGAUGGUGCUCCAUUGCCGCCACCUGCAACUGCGAAUACUCAACCCAAUUCAUUUAAGACUAGAUUGGGUAGAUUAAACCCAUUCAGAAAUGAUUCCGUAUACUUACAAGACGAUGACAAUUACGUUACUUCAGAGCCGGGUUAUUUCGAACUCUCUAAAUGGGACAGGAUGUUGAUAUUUGCAUUGACCUUCGCUGGAUCAGUCUGUUGCUACUUAAUAUGUAUUUUCCUAUUCCCAGUGCUUGCCUUGAAACCAAGGAAGUUUGCAUUAUUAUGGUCAUUAGGUUCUGUCUUCUUUCUUAUAAGUUUUGGAGUUCUUCAGGGAUUCCAGGCCUAUAUGGUUCAUUUAUUCCUGUCCACUAGGAUCAUCUUCACCGUAGUAUUUAUCACCAGUAUUGUGUUGACGUUGUUUAGCAGCUUGAAGUUGAAGAGCACAUUGUUCUCCAUAAUAUUCGCAGCGAUUCAGUUGCUUUCAGCUUUAUGGUACACGGUGAGUUAUUUCCCAAUGGGAACCCAAACGUUGAAUUUGGCAGGUACUGUGGCUAGGAGCCAGGUAGAGGGUUGGAUGAGCACGUAA